AUGGAUCACGACGACGAUUUGUCCGACAUGGUAUUCACCCCUCCGCUUUCCACCCGGUCGGGGAGUCGAGCCUCGCGGCGAGCGAACCAUUCACCGCAGGAGACUGUGCGACAGUUCUGGGAUCUAUUCAACACCAAGUUUCCGGGGAAGGUGUACACCGUGUUACCGAACAAUCCGUACGCACGCACCAAGGCUGCCAAGGUCCCCAAGGGGGUGAUCCGGGGACAGGAUGCAAGCAAGUCGUACGAGCAGGUCCGCAAGGAAUGCCAGCGGACUGUUGAUCGCAUCGUCAACGAAUGCAGACGAUUGAACCACAAGUACACAGACCCUCAUUUCGACAUCGAAGUGGAUCUCAAGUCUGGAAGACGGCAUUACCUGGAUGGACUGGAGGAUAAAAACAUGGAGAUGCGCCCGAAGGGAGUAAAACGAGUCACUGAAAUCUUCGAGAAGCCCCAAUUCUAUGUCAAUGGACCUACUGCUUCCGAUGUCCGGCAGGGCCGAGACGGAGAUUGCUGGUUCAUGGCUGCUUUAUGUACCAUGGGCAACAAGCAGGGCUUGAUCGAGAAGAUUUGUGUCGCUCGCGAUGAAAAGGUUGGCGUUUAUGGGUUCGUGUUCUAUCGAGAUGGUGAAUGGCAGCAAUGCAUUGUGGAUGAUAAACUAUACCUAAGAGCAGCAGACUAUGAUGAAUCGAUUGAUGAGCGACCCAUCUGGGACGACAUCAAUCGGAAAGACACCGAGGAAGAGUAUCGCAAAGUCUGGCAGACAGGAUCUCGAGCGUUAUACUUCGCGCAGUGUGUGGACGAGAACGAGACUUGGCUCCCGCUGCUUGAGAAAGCCUAUGCAAAGGCACACGGUGACUACUCUGCCAUUGAAGGCGGGUUUGUAGGAGAAGCAAUUGAGGAUCUCACUGGUGGCGUUACUUCCGACAUACUAUCCAGUAAUAUUCUGGACAAGGACAGGUUCUGGGAAGAGGAGCUCAUGAAAGUCAACAAAGAAUUCCUAUUCGGCUGCGCCACUGGAUUGUUCUCCAACUGGCUGGACCCGAAAUACCAAGGACCUCCAAGAGACAGAAAGGGCAUCUCGGAGAAUCACUCUUACUCAAUUAUGGAUGCGAAGGAGAUUGAUGGCCACCGACUAGUUCGAUUAAGAAACCCGUGGGGUAAAAAGGAAUGGAAUGGUGCCUGGGGCGACGGUUCGGAGCAAUGGACACCCCAGUGGAUGGAAAAGCUGGGCCAUAAGUUUGGAAAUGAUGGGUUCUUCUGGAUAUCCUACAACGACCUGCUUAAAAAGUACCAGCAUUUUGAUCGAACCCGCCUUUUCGGUCCCGAGUGGACUGUCACGCAGCAAUGGACCACGUUGAAUGUCCCAUGGUCUGCCGAUUACCAUAGCACCAAAUUCGUGGUCAACGUGACGAAGGACGGUCCGGCGGUCCUCGUUCUCUCCCAGCUUGACUCGCGCUACUUCAAAGGCCUUGCCGGAGAAUACGACUUCAAACUGAAAUUCCGGAUCCAGAAAGAAGGCGAAGACGACUACAUGGUUCGCAGCAACUGUAGCUACGUGAUGACUCGAUCGGUGAACGCGGAGGUGGAGCUGAGUCCCGGACGCUACCACAUCUUGAUGAAGGUUACUGCCUACAGAUGCAGCGACAUGGCCACAGAGGACGUGGUCAGCCGGGUGGCGCCAGUGGAGAGAGAAAAGCUGGUUCAAAUCGGACUUUCUUACGACCUCGCUCAUGCCAAGGGUCUGGUGUUUGAGUCUGAGAAAGAAAAGCGAGCUCGUGAAGACCGCGAAGCACGCCGUAAGGCAGCAGAAAGGCGCAAGCUGCGGAAGCAGACCAAGCGAAGAUUGCAGAAGGAAUGGAUCCGCGAGCGCAAGAUAGAAGGCCGAAGGCAGAGAAAAGCAGAACGUCUUACUGCAAAAAGCUCUGUCGAGUCUAUUCACCGAUCAGACUUGAGCCGCAGCAGCGUGCAAAUCCUUGCUGAUGGACCGGUUCAGUCACCGCUAGAUAUGGACUACAGCCCCGGCAUUGGGCUGGAUAUGAAGCACGCCGGCAACAGCAACGGCAGCGUUCCCACCAUCCAAUGCAACGGCGUCCAUGUUUCCGAAUACCACAUGACUAGCAAAAAGGACUCUGCGCGCUCGAGUCUUGACACGCUACAUUCGCCAUCGUUCGCGCAGCAGCACUUCAAUCAGCAAGAGAUGGAACUGUUGGAUGGGUUCGAGUUUGACUCGGACCUCGACAUGCCUCCAGAGGAAGCGACCGAGCCAAGAGCCUGCCAGCUGUCCCCGAGAAGCUGCACGGAGGAUAGCAAUAUCGACACAUGGAACGCCGUGUGUGUUGUCGGAUUGCGAGUGUACUCCAAGGACGCACAGCUGUCUCUGGAGGUUAUGCGUCCUGUGCCAGAGGAUGAGUCGGAGGCCGCGCUUGACAUGGAUGACCCGGCCGCGAGUGCAGCUUGCGAGAAGGGACCAUUUGGGCGGAAUGCGAUGUUCUUUUAA